ACGGGGCAGCAUCUCGGUCCGUUGCGCGGUGACUUGACAGCUUUUUCGUGUGGUACGUGUGUGCCUGAUCAGCCCCUAGAGAUCAUGUGUGGAUAUCAUCGUGCGGUGUUGCGGUUGCUCGUCCUGGUGCUGGCAGUGUCCCGGCUGGAUUCGCUGCCCAUUUCGAGCAUCCUCGACGAUGACAGCGACUACGACGACAGCCUUGAGCAGGACUACGAUUUGGUGUUUGAUCAGCGCCAAAAUGGAACGGCCAACGUGCACGUGUCGCUGGAUGGCGUGAUGUUAGCGGUCCAGAUGCCUAAACUACCUCCAUCGGCCCUGCUGACUGGUGCAUCCUUGCUGGAUAUGUUCGUAUCUUCCUUGGACACGAAUGGUGGGCAGGAGGACGAAAGUCAGGAGGACUCGUACGAUGGCGUUUCGGGACUAAAUUCAAGCGCUUCAAGUUCACAAGCUCCGGCGAAGCUGAGUACCACAAGUACUACAACCACGGAAGCCCCAGCUGUUGGUCCAUCACUCAGUGGCUUACCAGUGACGAACAACCUCUUCGGACAAGGACUGUCGUUCCUGUUCAACACGACCCAGGGUGGGUUUCCAUUCCGCGCCAACCAUCCCGAGAUCCCGUUCGUCCUGACGAAGAUCGAUUCGGGUGAACCUCAACAGCAGCAGCAGCAGCAGGCGGGAUCGCCGAAGCGUAAGCAUAAACGGAAGUACAAGAGCCGGCUGGCCAGCAUGUUGCGGCCACUGCUGAAGCGAACCGUGCCGGACCGACGCCACCAGCAGCUCUCGUAG